CGGCCUACAAAUGCAUUGCAAAAUACACUCCUUCAAGUACAGAGCUCGCACCCCCACCUCAACUUCAUCCCUACCAAAAAAACACCCUAAACCUCAGCAGAACUGCCUACUCUACAAACAUUCUCAUAAAACCACCAGAAAAGCAAUUUGUGGCUAAAUCUUUGGCUGUACAGCCAAGUCUUACGGGGAUCUGAACCGCAUUUACAGGGACAGUGAGAAGAAAGCGAUGGAGGCUCUGAAGAAAGCCUACGAUUCUUCCUCCUCCUCAGACUCUGAUCAUCACAAAGAAGAAGGCCGUAACGCUUGGAGGGCUGUUGAUUCCCGCCAAAUUUCAAAUUCACAUAAUUCAAAGGACCCUCUCCCUUUGCCACCUCCCCCUCUUGGCUCUGUUGAUCCGUGUAAUAACUGUCUUGGUUAUGCUCAAACUAGUCAGGAAAAUCGCAUUAGGAGCUUCCCGCAUGUGGAAGGAAACUAUGCACUUUAUGUUUUUAUCCCAGUCCGGAUUCCGACCAACAUUAGAAAGGAGUUGGUACCUUUGGUGAGAAAAGCUGGGUUACUUGUUCCUAGCCUUCAUGCUGUUGAUGUUGACGUGCCCCUUAGCGAGCUAUGUCAAGAAAAACAAAUGAUAGAGCAAAGUCUUUUGGAAAGGAAAUUCCACAUAAGUUUAUCAAGGACUGUUCCAAUUCGGGUGCAUCAGAUUGACUCCAUUGUUGCAAUGCUCCGUCAAAAGUUUCAGGCUCAAAGACGGUUUAUGAUAGAUUUCGGAAGGUGGGAGGUGUUCACUAAUGAUGAUCGCACACGGACUUUUCUCUCAAUGGAAGUCAGCUCUAAUGGAUUAAAUGAGAUAACUAGGCAGAUCAACCUCGUCAAUGAAGUAUAUAGGUUGCAUAAUCUCCCAGAGUUUUACAAGAAUCCAAGGCCCCAUAUUUCAUUGGUUUGGGCAUUGGGUGAUGCUAGCGAUUCACUGAAGCAGGCUGCUGAUGAACUAAACCGGUCAAGGGCACAACUAGGCUCAUCACAGAGAAGCAUUUGGACAUCCACAUUUAAUGGUAUUGUGUGUAAAAUAGGUAAAUGGUCAUAUAAAGUCUGUAAAUUUCCAGUGCAGAAAAGUUAAUCGUUUUUGGAGAAUAUGAACACUACCUUGUGCAGAUGUGUUCUUCUGGGUAGAUUGGUGUGGGAUUCGUACCUGGCCCACAGUGUAGUGUUGCGACCUGAAAAACAUAACCACUUGUCCUCGGAUCCCAAGUUGUGCAGAUGAUAUUUAUUGGGAAUUAAACUUUUCUGACAGUGCCAAUGGUUUGAUCCUUUCUGUAGUUCUGUUACGAGUGUUCUUAUCUGUGAACUAGUUGAUCAAUAGUGUGACAAAAGUUGCAGUUUAUUUGUAA